GCUGGUGGCUGUGCUGGUGUGCGCUUCACGGGUUGCCGCUUGUUCUACGCGCGGGUGUGUGGGGCGCCCGUCCCGUCUUGGUCAGCGGCUCCCGAGCCGCGUCUUUUCCCCUUUCCUAGCCCCUUGCUCCUCCGCUGAGGGAUUUCUCCGCACCCCUUGUCCGGUUGUGGGGGGGUAUCCCCCCGGCCCGCGUUCCUUCCCUCCCCGCUCCCUGCCGGGGGUUUGCGGCGCUUCCUUCUGGAUGCGUCCCCGCAGCCCCAGGCGGGAGGCGGCCGGGGGGAAGCGCUGCCUCAGAGGAUUUACCGCUCACACCGCUUGGAACUCGGACCCGCUUCGCCGCCGCUGCUCCCUUUCCUGUGGGGGCACCCAGCGCCCCGCCGCUCCAGGCCACCGCCGCCAUGGAUGAGAAGUAUCUGCCCGAGCUGAUGGCCGAGAAGGACUCUCUGGACCCGUCCUUCACUCACGCCCUGCGGCUGGUCAACCAAGAAAUUGAAAAAUUCCAGAAAGGGGAAGGAAAGGAAGAAGAAAAGUAUAUUGAUGUAGUCAUCAAUAAGAAUAUGAAGCUGGGACAAAAAGUUUUGAUUCCAGUAAAACAAUUCCCAAAGUUCAACUUUGUGGGGAAGCUUUUGGGUCCACGUGGCAAUUCUCUAAAGCGUUUACAGGAAGAAACACUGACCAAAAUGUCUAUUUUGGGUAAAGGUUCUAUGAGGGACAAGACAAAGGAGGAAGAGUUGAGAAAAAGUGGAGAGGCAAAGUACUUCCACUUGAAUGAUGACCUGCAUGUUUUAAUUGAAGUAUUUGCUCCGCCUGCAGAAGCAUAUGCCAGAAUGGGACAUGCAUUGGAAGAAAUCAAGAAGUUCCUCAUUCCUGACUAUAACGAUGAAAUCAGACAGGCACAGCUUCAGGAAUUAACAUAUUUAAAUGGUGGCUCAGAAAAUGCAGAAGUUCCAGUAGUUCGUGGAAAAGCAUCACUUCGAGCAAGAGGAGUACCAGUUCCUGCUUUGUCCAGCAGGCUGUGUCUGGGAACUUCACUGCUCACCCCUGCCCCCACUGCAAUGAAGUCAAAUAAGCAGCUGGUACCCUGUCCUGAGGAGGCAUUCUACAGAUUAGCCAAAACCAAGGGCCGUGGAGGAGUGCCUCCACCACCAGCAGGAGUACCGAGAGGGGCACCAGCACCCAGAGGAGUGCCUCCCAGUAGAGGACCAGUCAGUCGGAGCCGUGGGCUUCUAGCACCCAGAGCAAGAGGAGUACCUCCACCUGCAGGCUACCGGCCCCUUCCGCCGCCUCCAGCACAGGAGACCUAUGGUGAAUAUGAGUAUGAUGAUGGCUAUGGAACUGCUUAUGAUGAACAAAGCUAUGAUUCCUAUGAUAACAGCUAUAGCACUCAAGCACAAAGUGGAGCAGAUUACUAUGACUAUGGCCAUGGACUGAGUGAAGAAACAUACGAAUCUUACGGUCAAGAAGAAUGGACCAACUCACGACACAAGGCACCUCCUGCAAGGACAACAAAAGGAGUCUACAGGGACCAGCCAUAUGCCAGAUACUGAUUGUACUGUCUGAUGUUGUGAAAUAUCCAAUCUCCACCAGUCCUGUAUACUGUUCAAAGUAAUUUUUUCUAUGAACAAUCCCUUUUUAUUAACUCAAAGCGCAUAAAAAAACCUGAAUGGAUGGACUGAACCUUAAACUCUUUUGUUGAAAGAACAACCUGGACAGAAAGAAAUGUAAACCGAGGAACUUUGUUAUUUCCAAACUGUAUUUGAGACAAAAUAGGUGAUCAAAAAAAUAACCUUUGAUUAACUAGUGUUAAACAGAAAAAUAGGUUUACUAAAUCUGUUAGUCCAUUCUUUUAACAGAAGCGUAACCUUUUAUUUUAAAGGUUUUCAGCAGUUUAGUUUUUAGCUUUUCUUUUCAGCCAUUUGCUAGAUUCUCUCUUUGCAAACAUGCGUAAAAAGGGAAGCCAAUUCCAAAUGCAAAUAAUGUGGUAUUUUGUAACUCAAGUCUUGAAAUGUUCUGUAGUGUUAAGCAAAGUUUUGCCCUUGCUUGAUACUAAAUAAACUUUUGAAAGAAAA